AUGGUCUAUGUCCCAAGCGUACCAUUCUUACAUAGUCUGAGGCUCAACCAUGGCAAUGAUGAGCCUUGGGCACCAACCAGUGGAAAGCAGAAUCAGAAAAUACGUCGGUCCUCGAGCUCGCUUGCCAGUUUGGUACAUUUUGCGCGGAACCCAAUCCAAAACGUAGGAGAAGCGGUUGAGAAUUGGUAUGAUGGCACUACUAAGGAGGAACGGGCAGCAAGACAAAGUCUGGCGGACAGGAAACAGCUCUUACACCUAAAGAUGCAAAUGGCUACAAACCAUGCCGAUUGGAAAGCAGCAGCUACAGAGCUCGACGAUCUGGAAGGGAAUAAUGAGUGGAAAUCUAUCUUCGAAUCGCCAGACUACGAUGCCCCACUCGUAGAAGCGCGGUCGAAGCAGCUUGACGAAGCACGCAUAGGCUGUGACAUUGGACGCAUGCUCUUCCUCAUCCGGACAUCUUUGACCCGAGAUCUGGGGGACAUGGGCAAUCUACGGAUGUACAAGCAUACCCACAUUGGCACCAAGGACCUGAUAGAGCGAUACAUCACAUCAGCAUUAGGAACUCUGAACGCAUUACUGGACGUCUCCGCGAGGGCAAAGUGCGACGGAAUGGAAUCGAAAUACAUACUCGAACAAGUGUUAUCUGCAAGGCAGGCGUUCGGCAGGAGUGCCCUUCUACUGUCUGGUGGGGCAACAUUCGGGAUGAACCACAUUGGGGUCCUCAAAGCACUCUGGAAAGCCAAACUUCUACCUCGCAUCAUAUCCGGCGCUUCAGCAGGCAGCAUUGUAUGUGCAGUCCUGUGUGUUCACACGGAAGAAGAAACACCCGAGCUCCUUGAUACGUUCUGUGAUGGAGACCUGGCUGUGUUUGAAGAGGAAGGCAGUGAGGAUGGGCUGCUACGUAAAGCAGUGCGCUUCCUCAAACACGGUGCAGUAUAUGACAUCAGCCAUCUGACGAGGGUGAUGAAAGAGAUGUUGGGUGAUAUAACGUUUCAAGAGGCCUACAAUCGGACCAGGAAGAUUCUGAAUAUCUGUGUCUCGAGUGCGGGUCUCUAUGAGCUUCCGAGAUUGCUUAACUACAUUACCGCGCCCAAUGUGCUUAUAUGGUCUGCUGUAGCUGCAUCUUGCUCGGUCCCAUGUAUCUAUACAGCUGCUUCACUCCUUGCUAAGGAUCCUAAGACUGGCGAAGCCGUACCCUGGAAUCCUUCCCCGCAGCGAUGGAUUGAUGGCUCAGUCGAUAACGAUAUACCCAUGACUCGACUAGCUGAAAUGUUUAACGUCAAUCACUUCAUUGUGUCCCAAGUUAAUCCGCACGUCGUCCCUUUUCUCAUCAAAGACGAGGACGCCAUAGGAGAGGAAGCAAGAACAUCAAGCGGCACAAUAUCACCUGGGCCAACAUGGUUUAACAGCAUCUCUCACCUUGCCAAGAGUGAGGCGCUACAUCGGAUGCACACAUUGGCAGAUAUGGGUAUCUUUCCCAACAUUUUGACCAAGACAGUAUCUGUGCUCAGCCAGAGGUACUCUGGCGACAUCACCAUCUUCCCGGAGAUCUCAUAUGCAGACUUUCCCCGUAUGUUGUCCAACCCAACCCCAGCUUUUAUGCAUCGAGCUAUGCUAGGCGGCGAGCGAGCUACCUGGCCUAAGAUGAGCAUCAUCAAGAAUCAUUGCGCUAUAGAAUUAGCACUGGAUGACGCAGUGCAGACGCUGCGUGCAAGGGUGGCUUUCAGUCCCAGCGAAGUCGAGUUGAGGAUGCGUCCACGACAAACCUCAGACCCAAGGAAGGGAACCCAAAGGCGCACACGAGUGAGGCGGCCUCUCUCGCAACGCAGCGCUCCUGAAGCGACUGUUGCACCCAUAAGGACACCUUCCAUUCACACACACAGCCAAAGUAGAUCUGGUCGUCUGGCACCAAACCUUCAUCAUAAGAAGUCUUUGAGCAUCAACACCCUUUUCUACGGCCGAUCACGCGAAGAACAGCGACCCGCAACGUCCGACUACCUUUCCAACCCUCUCCACGACGUCACAUCUUCCGGCGCCGAUGAAACUUCCAAUCUAACAUCCUCCUCAUCUUCCACCUCUUUCUCAUCCCCUACUGAAUCCCCGUCCUCUCCCACUGGAGAAGAGAAGUGGCACCGGUCCCUUUUCGGCUCUGCAUCCCAGCCUGCCACACCAUCCCACCGUGAUGGUGAGAUGUUCACGCCAGCGCCCCACAGCGCUAAGCCCACCAUCCCUGCGUUUGCCAUGACGCCAAGCAAGAGUUCCACGAACGUGCCAGCCAAUCCUUCCGAAUCCCGGCACACGCGGUCAUUUCACCUCAGGCCCACGGGUCAAACGGCCUCCAACCUUCUUGGAAGGAACCGCGAGAGCAGGAAUUCGACUGGGUGA